CCAUGCGGUCCCAGCUGCGCAUCAGUGAGGAGCAGAGGAAGGAGGCUGAGUCGCGCCUGACGCAGUUGCAGGAGGAAUCUCGGGGCUCCCAGAGUCUCCAGCAGGAGGUUAAUCGGCUACGGGAGCGUCUCCAAGAUAUGACGGCUCAGCUUUGUACCAAUGAGGAGACACAGGCUCAGAAAGAGGCUCGGCUGCAGAAGCACCUGCUCCUCCUUCAAGAAAGCCAGGACAGAGAAAGGAGGAGCCUGGCUGCCAGCCUGGCACAGGCCGAGCAACACUCCCAGGUGCUUCAGGAAAGACUGGACCGGGCUGAGCAACAGGUGGACAGCCUAAAUAAGGGUCAGUCAUGGACCGGCCAAAUAGAGGAAGCACAACAGCAGCUUCAGCAGGAGCUAGCGCGCACUGUGUCUGCUGUACAGAGGCUGCAGGAGGAGAGAGAGCAGCUCGACUCUCGCUGUCAAGAACUACAGAGCCAGUUAGCUGAGGCAGACGGGGAGGUGAGCCGGCUGCAGAACCGCCUGAAAACAGAGGAGACACACUACUACAACCUUGAGCAUUCGUAUGAGAGAGUUUAUGAGGAGCUGCAGCUGCUCUUAGGGCAGGUACAGGGCAGGGAGGUUGAAGCACAGGACAUACGAGAGGGCUACGAGAGGCUCCUGGACAGGAAGGAGCAAGAGCUAAGUGAAGUUUUGUUGAAGAUGGAAGUCUUAGGGAAUAGCCUUGAAGAGACAGAAGUGAAACUGACUGAGGUGUUGAAAGUUUGCACCUGCGCCUCUUCUCAGCGGACGAGUGAGUCUUCAGCUCAGCACAGUGAGGGGAAACAGGAGACGACUGAGCCUCCUCUCACAGUGAAUGACAGUGGGCCUGACAGCUUAGAGUCUGUCAGUGUUGCUGAACUAAACAGCAACCAUUCCUCUGCAGAAUAUGCAAGAACGCGCUCUCGCUCGGUUGACCCGUCCUACCAGUACAUUGUGACCGCAGGAGACGACCCAGAUAGGUUUAUGUCCGUGAUCCAGUUCCUAGAGACAAAGCUUUAUGUGACAGAGGAGAAGCUGAGGGACAUUACCCAAAGCCUGGAGGAACACCAGAGUGACACAAAUGGCCAGGACCCCCACCUUUGCUCCCAGCUCACUCAGAGCCGAGCCACAGCCCAGCACCUCAGCCUGCUGCUGCACAACCAGGCCAAGAGGAGCCAACGCUUUGCCCUUGAAACAGAGAACCGCUCCAGGAUGCUGGCCGACAGGUUUCAGGCUGCGCUGAAAAUUGUAGACGCUUGCAGGGAGAGGCUUCAAGCUCUUCACAAGAACCAGGGAGAAAUCAGCUCCACUCUUGAGAUUACUGAGUUUGAAAGACAAUUAGCCACUGCUUCUGCUUGCCUCCAGCAAGGAGAGAAAGAUGCUGAAAAACAGCAGCAUGAAUCACAUUAUGCCUGCAGAACGGAGGAUAAGAUGAUCAGUGAUGAGACCCAGGCUGAGAUCAAUGUUUGUGCUAAACAGGCUAAAAUGUCAUCCGCAGUGGAUGGAAGAGGAAGUAUUGGCAGAACAUUAAUGAGGGAAGCUUUAGUAGUAGACAAAAUGGUAUCUGUCCUUCAGAAUCAACAAACCAUUGGCCAGUUGCACUUAGUAUCAGGAGAAGAUGAAGGGGAUGUGACACACAGGUACAAAAGCAUAAUCUCCCAAAGAAUAGCUUUAGAAAUGGAGAAAUGGACCCAGCCAGGGAGGGCAGAAGGGGACAGCAAUGAAUCUUUGGAAAGCACCAUUGUCAGAGUUUGUGCUGAAGCAGAGCUCAUUCAUUCUGCUCUAAGAUAUCAGCAGCAGUAUGAGCGCGUAACUCGGGGAGACCUUCGGGUAAAUGAUCAAGAAGUGGAGCGUCUGUGGCAAAGCCCUGUGAAAUGUGGUGAUAUGAGCGUUGUUUCUAGGAGGGGUCUGGCAGAUAUUAAUCCCCCAGAGCUGGCUCCUUAUGAGGAGCAAGUGCAGGUGGACGCCAGGGGUUCUGCAAAGCCACUUGACAGAGAGCAAUCUGUGACUAACAAGGUAGAGAGGCAAACAGGCUGGUUGGAGAGACUGGUGUCCCGGUUGCAAAGAAGGGCUAAAGUCUUGCGUCAGCUCUGCCAGGAAAUCUCUGACUGCAGUGAACCAGACAGUGAGAGUAAUGUGGACUGUAACUGUGUAAAUGAUUCUGCAAUAGACUUGACUUGGGCACAGGAGCAAGCCAAGCUGAUCUAUUUGUCAGACAGGCUGUGCUUGGAUUUAGAGCUGGAGUUGCAGCAAAGUAAGGCAGCGCAUGACCGACUGCAAGCCGUGUGUAAAGAGAAGGAUGCUACUUUUAUUGAUGAGCAGCAAGCUUUUAAUCACACCUUAUGUGAGCUCCAGGACGACAACAGUGUCCUCAGAGAGCAGCUGGAGCGUGCAGAGCAAAAGAUAAUAUCUGCAGAGACUGGGAACCAGCGGCUCCUAGAAGACAUACAGAAAAUUGAGGAUUAUCACGAGGCGAGGAUGCAAAAACUAGACAAGGAGUUCCAAGAGAAGAUUUGUGAAUUACAGCAGAUCCAUGAAGAGGAAAUGAAGCACUUACAUAAUUAUUAUGCCAAGUCAGCCUGCAUUCCCAAAGAUAAAGAGGCCAGAUCCUACACUGAAGCACCUCCUGCCACCUCCCCACCAGACCUGACCCUGAACUCAGACUCACAGGCAGCUGAACUGAUAAUGGAUGGACCGGUGGAUCAGGUUAAACUAUCAUCCACUGGGACAAAGAGGGGUCAAAUCAAUGAGUUGGAGGCAAAAACAAAAAAUGAACAAGGGAACCACAUGGUGGAAGGUGAUGCAGCUGCUGUGAGAGAGGCUUACCAGAGGGACUUUGAAAAAUUUAAGGCAUCUUGUGAUGAAGGUUUUACCUGUAUGGAGGAAAUGCACAGGAAGCUGGUGGGCGAUCUGCAGCAGCAACAUCAGAGGAAGGUGGCAGCACUUCUGAGGGAGAAAGACCAGCUGCUGAAGGAGGAGACCGCUGCCACAAUGACAGCGAUUGUGGCGAUGAGGAAAGCCCAUAAGGACGAGCUGGAGAGAAGCCAGCGGUCUCAACACACCAGGCGGAGCGGCGACAUCACACAGCUGCACAGCCAAUAUGAGAAGGAGAUCCAGUUGUUACAUAAGGAGCUGGAGGUCCUGUCAGUCCAACACACUCAGAAAUGCCUGGAAAACUCUCAGAUGAGCCAGGAGCUGCAAGCCGAGCGACAAGCCCUGUUACAGUACCGCAAAGAGAACCAGGAGCUCAAAAACAAACAGGAAAUAAGUCAGAGAGCGACAGAGGAGAUUCGGUCCUCGCUUAAUGGGAAACAGUGCAAUUCAACAUCUCAAGCAAAGGACCUCUAUGAGAUGGAGGUGAUUCUGCGGGUCAAGGAUGCAGAGCUGCAGCUCGUCAGACAGGAGGCCCUCUCUCUCAGGGAAGAACUGAAAACAGCUCAAAGGGACAAAAUAUAUGUCUAUAACAAGCCCAAAGGACUGUGUCCCAACAAGCAGGACAAGGCCCAACAUAACGACACCAAACUCUGUGAGGAUUUCAAGUACGCGACUUGGUCUCCCAAAGGUCCCAGCUGGGUCGGUCCCACCUCAGGGCAAGGGCAUGGGGACAUCAUCACAAACAAAAGUGAGGCUGUUUUUCUGAAGAAAACAGAGAAAUCGUCCCUCACCCGCCAGAUCAGAGGAGUGAGAUCAAAGAGCUUAAAAGAGGGCCUUUCUCUCCAAGAGAGAAUGAAGCUGUUUGAGACCGAGUUCUGAGCCGGUGAAGACGACCCUGUGGGAUUUUCUGGAUGAACAAAAACACAUCACAGCGAUACCUAAUAGUGUUUGGUCGAGGCAAUUUGCAAACAUUGUAUUUUGCUCAAAUUUGCAUUAUACUUUAAAUGUUUUUUUGGUUUGUUUUUUACUGACAACAAUAUCAUAGCAGGGCACAGACCAUUUCUUUUGUAUGAAUGUUGAUUUUGUUGCUGUAAUUUGUUGUGUCACAUUCUGCUUUGUUGGUUAUUUGUCAGAAACAAGAGUUUAGAAUUGACAACAGGAGCAGAGAGAUUGAUUUGUUUCUAGUAGGUGUGUGUGUGUGAGAGUGUGUGUGCGUGUGUGUGUGUGAGAGAGAGAGUCAAAAAAAAAAAAAAAAAAGAAUCAGAAUCAUAAAAGUGAACCACUAGAGGGCGCAAGAAACACUGACUUUUCUACAUGAGCAGCAGUUCUAAAUAACAUGCAGUGAUAAUACACAGUGUGUAGCUGAUGGCGUUUUAUGUGUAGUGUGGUGACUGUUCACAUGGUCGUACUGCAAGUUCAAAUUUGUCUUUAUUAUAUACAGACUGGAAUUUCAAAGUUUGCCAGUAAAGUGUUUCUUACCUGAAAACUGAAAUGCUGUCAGGAUUUUAUAUGAAGUUUAUUUCUCACAUGAAGUGUGUGAUGAUCCAUCGAGAGCAAGAU